CGCUCCAACAAUCGAGAAAGCUGCAACCAACGACAUUGCUAUAAAGCCUCGCCAAUUUCGGAGAAUUAUUCACUCUUAUACCAAACGCGUCAACUACCGGAAUCACCGCUGAGAUGAACUCCUUGACAAUCGCGCUGAUCCUGAUCAUCUCCGCGUGUUUCGUCGCGGCCCGUCCAAGGUACCUCGCAAUACCCCUCGACGACGUCGAAAUAAUCGAACUGUCAUCGUUGCCGCGAGUCAGCCGCCACGCCGAGAGUUUCAUUCCGGUCGCCGUUGCAACGGUCCACGCCGAAGAGGUCGAACCGUCUCCGAGGAUCGAGCGGUCCACGGCAACGCAUUUCAUGGAUUUCGUGGAUUUCGGAGGGCACACAGGAGAAAAUGGCGCCUUCGGAUGGUACGCCGACUUUCCGGCCCAUCAGUAAUUACCACCGGUAGUACAGCGUAUGGGCAUUGCGGACCGGGGAAUCAACCUGUUAGAUCACGUGCUCUCAUUGAAACCAACGAAAGCGAUAAAAAAAAUAUCUCAAGUACGGAUUUUGUAGGGGACACUUGUCGAGGUUGAACUUGGUGUCCACGGGCCAUCUCUUUCGCCAUUUUUUACGUGACCCACUAGGGGUCAAAGUUCAAGUUUCCGCACUGAGGUGCAAAGGGGUGCGUUCGAAAGGUAACCGAGCUUCGACAAUUCAAAUAAGGGAAUACUGUAAUAGAGUUUUGUAAAGUUGAAGUUUUUAACUUCAAAAUCGUUUUGGAAAAACCGCGAUGUAAUAACUGUAUAAUAACAAAGGUUUAUGGACAAUAUAUAAUUGCUUUAGCGUCGUAUA